GGCCGCCGCCGCCUCUCUCUCUGCUCUUAUCGCACCCGCGCUCCUCCUUCCUCUCGCCGUUUCACCUCGCCGCUCGCUCCAACGAUUGCCCCUUCAGACACGCCCAAGCCGCCGUCUUUCGGCUGCACUUGCACGACGCGGCGCCGUGACGUCGAUCGCCGCCCAUAGCGCGUCCGCAGCCAAGACACCCUACGCUUCACGAUAAACCUGCGAGCGUUUCCGUCUCCAUCGAGGCCUCGCGCCUGCAUCGCUCCUCUCCGCCAUUCCGCCAUGUCUUUCUUCUCGGCGCCCCAGGCUGUACGCCUGCGCUCUUUCCUCUCUCCAUCUUCCCCAUACAUCGCCAUGGCCUCGCAAUCCAACGCGGCCGACUACGCCAACAGCGCCAUGGCCGGCGCCCUCAACACCCACGCCUCGCACCCCGAUUUCGCCAACCUCACCCUGCUCGUCUUCGAGGCCGUCAUGGAAGUCGUCUGCGUCAGCGCGCCCGGCUACAUUGUCGCUCGUAUGGGCCAAUUCGAUGCAGAAAGCCAAAAGUUUCUCGCAAACCUCAACACGCAGCUGUUUACACCCUGCCUGAUCUUUACCAAGCUCGCCUCCCAAUUGACGGCCGAGAAGCUGGCCGAGCUUGCCGUCAUUCCCGUCAUCUUCGUCGUACAAACACUCGUCUCGUACAUUGCCGCCCUGACGGUGUCGCGGAUAUGCAGGUUCAACAAGAGGGCCUCCAACUUUGUCGUGGCCAUGGCCGUUUUUGGAAACUCCAAUUCGCUGCCCAUCUCGCUCGUCAUCUCGCUCUCCAAGACGCUCAAGGGCCUGCACUGGGACAGGAUCCCCGGCGAUAACGACAACGAAGUCGGUGCACGCGGCAUCCUGUACCUCCUCAUCUUCCAGCAGCUCGGCCAGCUCGUGCGCUGGACCUGGGGCUUCAAUGUGCUCCUCGCUCCCGCCAGCGCAUACAAGGACGACGAUGGCGGCGUGAACAACGCGAUUGAGAGCGGCGAGUACAGCGAUGACGAGGCCCAGAACCUCCUCGACGACUCGCAUUCCGACUACGAGUCUGGCAACGUUACGAGCUAUGCCACGUCGGCCGACUGCAGCGAUUCCGACUCGGAUUCCAUCUUCCACCGCGGAGAGGCCCAAGCAGCCGCCAACUUCAUCACGCCUACUAAUGGCAACGCCACGGUCCGCGGAGCCGGCGACAUGACGACUGCUUCCAACGGCAGCGCAAACGGACAUCUCAACGGUGUGCUCGCAGCCCACAAGAAGCAGGACGCGCCCAAGGGCUUCAAGGGAAUCCCGAAGCGAACGCGCAUGGCUCUGCAGCGCUCGGCAAGCUCGGUAUCCAUGUCGACGACGCGUGUUGGCAACCGCAUCUUCAAGGUGCUACCCAUGUGGCUACAGCGGGUGCUUCGCAAGGUGGGCAGGGGCUUGUCGAGGUUCCUCAGCGGCGUAUGGGACUUUAUGAACCCGCCCCUGUGGGCCAUGCUGAUUGCCAUUCUCGUGGCCUCGAUCCCGCCGCUGCAGCACCUCUUCUUCACGCCUGGCACGUUCAUCAACAACUCGGUCACUCGCGCAGUCAACCAAAGCGGCCAAGUGGCGGUGCCGCUUAUUCUGGUUGUUUUGGGCGCCAACCUGGCGCGCAACACGCUGCCCAAGGAAGACCAGCACUCGAUCGAAGACCCCAGCGUGGAGAAGAAGCUAGUGAUUGCGUCACUGGUCAGUCGCAUGCUUAUCCCAACACUGCUCAUGGCUCCGAUGCUGGCCUUGACUGCCAAGUACGUGCCCGUGAGCAUCUUGGACGACCCCAUUUUCAUCAUUGUCUGCUUCCUGCUCAGUGGCGCGCCCAGCGCGCUCCAAUUGGCGCAGAUAUGUCAGAUCAACAACGUGUACAUGGGGGCAAUGUCGAGGAUCCUGUUUCAGAGCUACGUUGCCCAGCACCAGCCCGGCCCACAGUCAAGCGACUCUCUAGCACUCUCGCGCAACAGUACAUUGGACGACGGUGCAUCGCCGCGCUCAAACAAAGCUGUAUCGUUCCCUGAUGAUAGUACCAUAUCCCCGCUACUAAUCGGCAAGAACAAAGAGCUGGACCAGAAAGACUACUUGGAUCUUGAUAAGCACCCCAGACACUUUCCAGCAAGUGUCAGUAGAAAAAGGCUGUCUGCACGUCCUUCGCAUGAACGCGACGUCUCAUCCAAGUCUACACCAGCUGAAGGUAACCCCUCUUUGACCUCUCUACUCUCCGAAGUCUCGGUGGAUGGGGGUGCUCAAAGCCAGCAAGCCCACGACAAUCUGCUGAAGCAGGUUGGCACAUGGCUCAAACAGGAAAGAAGCAGACGCCAUGCGCGAAAGGCGAGGCGCAAGGCUGCCAAAGCUGGUCUUGCUGGCCAAGAGCCGUCAGAGGGCGCUGCUACAGAGGCGACUGAACAGCCCAGCGCUCAUCACAGAAGCGAUUCCGAGUCGUCUCAUGGCGAGGACUCGCUCGCACAACUGGCAAACAUUCUCGAAAGGAACUUGUCUUUGAAGCUUUCUGAAGCAAAGAGAAGAACCGACCGCUUCCGCAGGUCAUCGAUAGGUCUGAAGCGACACUCUGCCAUUUCCGCCGAAUCGGACUACUUUGAAUCGGUAGACCAGCUGGUUCCAAGCUGUGAAGCCAUCUUGGACAAUUCCAAGACCAUGGCUUACAACGUAGAUGAGCCAGGGGCCGCGUCUAAUCGCGAGCUUGGUGAGAGGGAAGCGUCCAAAGAGAGAGAGGCCUGGGCCAAGUUCCGGGCUGAGAUUCUCCGUCUAACUCACACACUGAAGUUGAAAGGAUGGCGCAAGGUGCCUAGCGAGCUCAGCAACGAGAUUAGUGUGCAGAGGCUGAGCGGUGCACUUACAAACGCUGUUUAUGUCGUCUCUCCUCCAAAGAACCUGCCCCCUCCAGAGCCUAGUGAAGAUGGCACACCAAAGCCCAGGAACCCUCCACCUAAGCUUCUACUUCGCAUCUAUGGCCCGCAAGUAGAUUACCUCAUCGACCGAGACUCUGAGCUUCAAAUCUUGACACGACUUGCUCGCAAGCGCAUUGGUCCACGUCUGCUGGGAACUUUCAGCAACGGAAGAUUCGAGGAGUUCCUCCACGCCCAACCGCUUACUUCCAAGGAGUUACGUAACCCAGAAACCUCGGUACAGAUUGCAAAGCGUAUGCGUGAGCUCCACGAGGGCAUUGACUUACUGAAGAAAGAGCGAGAGGCUGGCCCGUUCGUCUGGCAAAACUGGGACAAGUGGGUUGAUCGCUGCGAACAUGUUGUCAACUGGCUGGACCAACGGGUCCGAGAGAGCAAUCAGGAUCCAUCCAAAGCCUCUGAGAAAAUGAAGAAACGUGGAUAUGUGUGCGGUGUUGAGUGGCCCGUAUUCAAGCAGAUGAUUGACAAAUAUCGCAAGUGGCUAGAGGAUCAGUAUGGCGGCAUCGAAAAGAUCAACGAGCGCAUGGUCUUUGCUCAUAAUGAUACGCAAUAUGGCAACAUCCUUCGUAUGAUGCCAGAAGGCGAGUCGCCACUGAUGCUCCCAGCAAACCAACACAAGCAGCUGGUGGUUAUUGAUUUUGAGUACGCAAACGCAAAUCUUCCUGGCCUAGAGUUUGCCAACCACUUUACGGAAUGGGCGUACAACUAUCACGACGCAGAAGCCCCGUGGCGCUGCAAUACCAAGCAUUAUCCGACAAUUGAAGAGCAACAUCGCUUUAUCCGGGCAUACUUGAUGCACAACCCGUCAUACAAGGCCCCCGGCGGAUACACGUCCAAUCCUGCUACUCCUCAUCUCGGGCCGCUUCCCUCGACUGGUAGCACGACUGCGCUGACUGCGACUGCCGCUCCAAGCACCAUCUCAGCCUUUAUGCUCGACUCACGAGCUCCCCCUGGUGAGAAGUACCAGGAGCAGGAAGCGCAAUACGAGGCACAGAUUGAAGAGGAGGCGCGCCGUCUGCUCGCAGAGACGAAACUAUGGCGGCUCGCCAACUCGGCCAUGUGGGUUGCCUGGGGCAUUGUCCAAGCACACAUACCCGGUCUCCCGGACUUUGACGACCAAGAAAAGGCCAACAGCAACCCCAGUGUCGAAGCAGCAACGCUCGACAGCGCCACAGCAGAGAUGCAGGCUGCCGCACAGGCCGACCACAAAGGCACCGCCGCCGGGAUCGUGAGUCAAGAAACGGCAGAACAAACACAAGCACAGGCGCAUAUCGACAAGCAUGCUGACCUUUUCAAGCCGCAGGACGAGGAAGAAUUCGACUACCUGACCUAUGCCAAUGACCGAGCCAUGUUUGUCUGGGGCGACGCCCUUAGAAUGGGCAUCGUCAGUUCAAGCGACUUGCCUCCGGAGUUGCUGCAGCGUGUCAAGCUCGUCGAAUAUUAAGUUUUCAGCAUGUACAUUGGUUGAAUCGUGGAAGGAAAGGAAGCUGCAUAGGUAUAUCGAGGGGUGCUGUGGAGCCAAUGGAAUCAUGUAUGUAUUUAUGUAUCUAUGUAUCUAUGUAAAUUUCUCGUAUGC